AUGCUUGAUGAAUUAGAAUUUUUGGUUGAAAAAGAAUUAGCAAAGUUAAAUUCUCUUAAUGGAAAAGAUAAGACUUCUUAAAUUGUUCAACAACCAUUGAAAUAGAACAAGGAUACUGUCAAUCUUAUCAUUUAAAUUGAUAAGCCAAAAGAAGUCAAACAAUUAUUAACAGAGCAAUGUUCAUUCAGACCUAUGUUAUCUAGAAAAUCUCUAAGAAUUGCUGAGAAAUUAGGUGAUGCCAAAGAAAGAUUAACAAAACCUAGAUCAGUCACACCUGAAAUUAAAGAAUAAUCUUAAUCAUAAACAAGAAAAAGAACAAUAUCUGGAAUUGCUCCAAGAUGGGAAUAGUUAUAUACAUUAGAUCAAUUUUAUAAAUCAAAAAAAGAAUAAUUGAGAUUAUAAUUAGAAUUGGAAAGAUCAAAAGAAAAUGAAACAACAUUUUAACCUAAUCUUUCAAAGAGUUAAACUAAAUAUUGUGAUUUUACUAUGCCUUUUGAAUAAAGAAAUCGAUAUUGGGAAACUAAAAAAUAAGAAAAACUUGUUUAAUAUUAAAAAGAUGUCCAAAAUGAAAGUCAAUAAUUAUGUACUUUUAAACCUUAAGUAAAUAAAAAAAUAGCAUAAUAAAGUGUAAAAGUAUCAGAAUUCAAUAAAAAAGGACUCAUUACCUAUUUCGAAAGAGUCUAAUAAGCUAAUAAAAAGAAAGAAGAACCUAAGAAAUCCUCAAAAUGGAAACCUGGAGUUACAAUACCACAAGAAUUCAAAUUAAGUCAUACAAAUAGAUAAAUAUGA